GAAGCCUCCGAGUCCACAAGUGGCGCAACGGUGAUUUUGUUGUGAUUUACACUGAUAACCCGAACUGGACUAAACCGGUACGAUGAACACCUGCGUCUUUUUGUUCAUCUUGGCUGCAGAGAUCUACGCCGAUGGCAUGGAAGGGCAAACAGCAGUGGGCUGCACCUUCGAUGAGGACUCGGACCCCAGCUUGUGUGAGUACAGCCAAGGGGAGGAUGACGACUUUGACUGGCAGCUCAUCCGUACCUACAACUCAGCACACGCCAACACUGACCUCCUUCACGGGUCAUACAUGAUUGUGAACUGCUCCCAGCAUGCUGCGGGGCAGCGGGCUCACCUCCUUCUGCAGACACAAAGUGAGAAUGACACGCACUGUGUCCAGUUCAGCUACUUCCUAUACUGCCGGGAUGGCCACAGUCCGGGGGGAAUACGGGUCUAUGUCCGGGUAAAUGGUGGACCCCUAGGUAGCCCUGUUUGGAACAUUUCUGGAUCCCAUGGGCACCAGUGGCACCAAGUAGAGAUGGCCAUCAGCACCUUUUGGCCCAACGAGUACCAGGUUCUCUUUGAAGGCAUGGUCUCCAAGGAGUGUGACGGGUAUAUCGGCAUGGAUGACAUCUUGCUCCUGAACUACCCCUGCGAUAAGGCCCCCCACUUCUCCCGGCUGGGGGACGUGGAGGUCAACAUGGGGCAGAAUGCUAUCUUCCAGUGCGUGGCCUCAGGCCAUGUUUCUGAGGCAGAGAAGUUCCUGCUGGAACGGCGCAACGGGGAUGUGACUGCAGCAUCCUCAGUGAAACACCUCAGCCACAGACGUUUCAUGGCCUCUUUACAACUCAACGAUGUACAGCGUGGGGAUCAGGACCUUUACCGCUGCAUCACUCAGUCCUCCCAUGGCGCUGGUGUGUCCAACUUUGCUGAACUAAUUGUCAAAGUGCCCCCUUCCCCUAUUGCACCCCCUCAGCUGCUGCGGGCAGGCUCCACCUAUUUGAUCAUCCAACUGAACACCAAUUCCAUUCUGGGGGACGGGCCUAUCAUCCGACGGGAAAUUGAGUACCGUGCCAGCCACUCACCCUGGUCCGAGGUGCACGGUGUCAAUACGGUCACGUACAAGCUGUGGCACCUUGACCCCGAUACAGAGUACCAUGUCAGUGUGCUGCUAACUCGGCCUGGCGAUGGUGGCACAGGGCCCCCUGGUCCACCCCUCAUAGGUCGUACCAAGUGUGCAGAGCCAAUGCGGGCGUUACGGGGCCUCACUGCUACAGAGAUCCAGCCCCGUCAGCUGACACUGCAGUGGGAGACAGUGGCCUACAACCUGACCCGAUGCCAAACCUACUCAGUCUCCCUGUGCUACCGCUACUCCACAGCAGGAGCUGGAGGUGGUGGUGUCCACAAUGCCACGGUGCGUGAGUGUUUAGCUGUGGAGCACAACACUUCACGCUUCACGUUGCGUGACCUGCCACCCUUCCGGCCUGUGCAUGUACGCUUGGCACUCUCCAACCCUGAGGGCAAGAAGGAAGGCCAGGAGGUAAUCUUCCAGACCGAGGAGGACAUUCCUGGUGGCAUUGCCCCUGAGUCACUGACCUUCACUCCUUUGGAGGACAUGAUAUUCCUGAAAUGGGAGGAACCUGUGGAGCCCAAUGGCCUCAUCACCCAGUAUGAAAUCAGCUACCAGAGCAUCGAGUCAGCGGACCCAGGAAUCAAUGUUCCAGGCCCACGGCGUACUGUUUCCAAGCUUCGCAAUGAGACCUACCACAUGUUCUCCAACCUACACCCAGGCACCACCUACCUCAUCUCUGUGCGUGGCAGGACUGCCAAGGGCUUUGGCCAGACAGCACUCACUGAGAUUACUACCAACAUCUCCGCGCCCACAUUUGACUAUGGGGACAUGCCCUCCCCACUGAGUGAGACAGAGAGCACCAUCACUGUGAUGCUGCGACCUGCCCAUGGCAGAGGAGCCCCUGUCAGCACAUAUCAGGUGGUGGUGCAGGAAGAGAGCACGAGGAAGGUGAAGCGUGAACUGGGGGUGCAGGAGUGUUUUCCAGUGCCUAUGUCUCAUGGCGAGGCCCAGGCCAAAGGGGUACCACACUACUACUCGGCUGAGCUGCCACCCAGCAGCCUGCCAGAGGCUACACCUUUCAUCGUGGGUGACAAUCACACCUACAAUGGCUACUGGAACACACCUCUUGACCCAAGGAAGAGUUACCUUGUCUACUUCCAAGCCAUGAGCAACUUCAGAGGGGAGAUAAGGAUAAACUGCAUUCGCAUUGCCCGGAAAGCGGCUUGCAAGGACUACAAGCGAGCCCUGGAGGUGUCCCAACAUUCUGAAGAGAUGGGCCUCAUCCUGGGUGUGUGCGCUGGUGGCCUGGUGGUCCUCAUCCUGCUGCUGGGAACCAUCAUCAUCAUCAUCAAGAAGGGGGACUGCUAUUCUUAUUCUUACUACCCGAAACCAGUGAACAUCAACAAGGCUCCAAUUACCUCUCGCCAGGAGAAGACUCACAUGAUGGGGUCCAUGGAGCACAGCUUCACAGACCAGAGUACACUGCAGGAAGAUGAGAGGAUGGCACUUUCCUUCAUGGAUGCCCACAACUGCAGCACACGCAGCGAGCAGCGUAGCUCUGUGAAUGAAUCUAGCAGCCUGCUUGGAGGGUCUCCACGGCGACCAUGUGGCCGCAAGGGAUCACCGUACCACACAGGGCAGCUGCACCCAGCAGUACGUGUGGCUGACCUUCUUCAACACAUUAAUCAGAUGAAAACUGCAGAAGGCUACGGGUUCAAGCAAGAAUAUGAGAGUUUCUUUGAAGGCUGGGAUGUCACCAAGAAGAAGGAUAAAACGAAAUCGAGACAUGACAGCUUGAUGGGUUAUGACCGCCACCGAGUCAAACUUCACCCGCUGCUGGGAGACCCCAACUCAGACUACAUCAACGCCAACUAUAUUGAUAUUCGGAUAAACAGGGAAGGCUACCAUCGAUCCAACCACUUUAUUGCCACUCAAGGGCCCAAACAGGAGACUGUCUAUGACUUCUGGCGGAUGGUGUGGCAGGAGAACUGCUUCAGCAUUGUUAUGAUCACGAAGCUGGUGGAGGUGGGAAGGGUGAAAUGCUGUAAGUACUGGCCGGAUGACAGCGACAUGUACGGCGACAUCAAGAUCACAUUGCUGAAGAUAGAGACACUUGCGGAGUAUACUGUCCGCACUUUUGCUCUGGAGCGGAGAGGCUACCCAGCAAAGCAUGAGGUGCGCCAGUUCCAUUUCACCUCAUGGCCAGAGCAUGGGGUGCCAUACCACGCCACAGGUCUGCUAGCCUUCAUCCGCCGUGUUAAGAGCUCCACGCCUCCAGAUGCUGGGCCGGUCGUGGUGCACUGCAGCAUCGGGGCAGGCCGAACUGGCUGCUACAUUGUGCUGGAUGUCAUGUUGGAUAUGGCCGAGUGUGAAGGUGUGGUGGACAUCUAUAAUUGCGUAAAAACGCUCUGCUCGCGCCGCAUCAACAUGAUCCAGACAGAGGAACAGUACAUCUUCAUCCAUGAUGCCAUCCUGGAGGCGUGUCUGUGUGGUGAGACAGUCAUCCCAGUCAACGAGUUUACCCUCACCUACAAAGAGAUGCUAAGGGUGGACUCCCAGAGCAACUCAUCCCAACUGCGUGAGGAAUUUCAGACACUAAACUCAGUGACGCCCCACCUAGACGUUGAGGAAUGCAGCAUCGCCCUGCUGCCCCGUAACCGUGAGAAGAACCGCAGCAUGGACGUGUUGCCACCUGAUCGUGCCCUCGCCUUUCUGGUCACCACUGAUGGAGAGAGCAACAAUUAUAUCAAUGCCACGCUAACCGACAGCUUCCACCACCCUGCCACCUUUGUUGUCACACCCCACCCCCUACCCAGCACCACUGCCGACUUCUGGAGGCUCAUCUUUGACUAUGGCUGCACCUCUGUGGUCAUGCUGAACCAGCUGAACCAGUCCAACUCAGCAUGGCCGUGUGUCCAGUACUGGCCUGAGACCGGCAUACAGCAGUAUGGGCCAAUGCAGGUGGAGUUUUUGUCCAGGUCCACAGAUGAAGAUGUCAUCACACGCCUUUUCAGGGUCAAGAAUGUCACACGGCUGCAGGAAGGCCAACUGCUAUUGCGACAGUUCCAGUUCCUGCGCUGGUCGGCCUACCGGGAUGUGCCUGACUCUAAGAAGGCCUUUCUGGCCCUUUUGGUGCAUGUGCACAAGUGGCAGCAGGAGAGCGGGGAGGGCCGCACUGUCGUGCACUGCCUGAAUGGUGGGGGCCGCAGUGGGACCUUCUGUGCUUGCACAAUGAUCCUAGAAAUGAUCCAGUUCCAGGGCAUGGUGGAUGUCUUCUACGCGGUCAAAACCUUACGAAACUCAAAACCCAAUAUGGUUGAAUCCCUGGACCAGUACCGGUUCUGCUACGACCUGGCCAUGGAGUAUUUGGACUGCACAGUGGUGAGAUAGCACUAUGUGUUGGACGCCGCCUUACUGGACUGGCAGCUGGGCCCUGCCCCAUGCGCCCACUCUUCUUGUGUUUUUUGUUUUUGCUUCACUUGGAUUUAUGGACUUUCCUUUGGUAAUUAAUGCAGAGAAAAGAGACAAAGAAGAAUGUCUUACCUUUGACCUUUAAUGUGCAACUGUCAUUUUGUUCCUGUCAUUGCCUUAGUGGGUCCUUUCUUUCCUUUUUUGGGGUGGUGUUGGGAAUAUUUGGGUCCCAGGCAUGUUGAGUAUUCUCUGCAAGCAGUAAAAAUUAGAUAGAGUAAACACCUCACUGAGAUGACAGAAUGCUUCUCUUCUUUGACUAACUUCCACUUCAUUGCCGUGGGGAUUUUCCUAGUUAUGUCACUGGGAAUUCACUGUGGUCUGUGCAAGAGAUCUUUGCUAUUACCUGCCUUACUACUUCAUACUCCUGAGAAGAAAGGCACCAGGGAACAGGUAGCAGCAAAAGGCCUGCAAAAACGAUAUUGCACAUUGGGUGUGUUACGGUUCCAAUGGUGUGCUCAAUAUCUGGAAAAAUUGACAAGUGCUGUGUUUAGUUUCUUUUCAAUGACAUUGAUGAUUUUCCUUCACAAGAAAACAUGGACUGGACUCAUUAAAAUAAAUGGUAAUCAUCUUAAUGGUACCAACUCCAUAUGGGGAAAAAAAAAAACCAUGAAAAGGUUUCUCAUUAUUGAAUUUGCUUACUCCUUCGCUGUUGUUAAUAAGUGUACAGUACAUUUACAUACUGUAUGUUUAUAGAUGUUCUUGUCCUGACAUCCCAGUGCAUUUUUGUGUGUGAAGAAGGGGACUGAACUAACGUGCGCUGGCAUGGCAGUGGUUUUAAAUGUACAAAGUUCAAUGCUCCAUUCUCUUUACCUGGGUGCCACAACAGGGACACUGGUCUUUGGAAAGGUGCAGUGUAAAAAUUUGAACAAAUGUGCAAAGUGUAUGACAGCGAUUUGCUGCAGCUCACAUGUAUUUGGAUUCUUUAGUCUGGGUUUUUAAUUUGUGUCUUUUUUAUGAGAAAUGUGCUUUGGUCAUGCCUUUCAACCCUUGCUUACAGUAUUUGAUGUGUUUACCUAAUACUUUAUCAGUGGCCUUUCUUGCUUGUCUUUUCCUGCUGCAUUUAUUCACUACAGCUUUUCUGCAGUCUUUCUGAAUCCUCUUCCACAACUUCUUGCACAUCACACUGCACUCAUUUUUUCCCCAUGAAGGCUUAGUAAAUGAUGUACUUGCGAUAUGCAAAUAACAUACACUGUGGGACAAUUCAUUACAUAAGUGCACCUCUGGUCAUUAAGGUGUGAAAAGGAAGGUGUGACACAAACAUGCGGGAGGUCCAGCAUGUGAUCGUUGGGUUUUUUUUUUUUUUAUUCACAUAUGCCCACAAGGUCAGGGAAAAGGGGGGGGGGGGGAAGGUGAGGUGCUGUUUCGUUGCCCUCUCCCUCAGAUCCAUCAAUGCUGUGGGUUUACAGUCUCUUUGAUGCCCUCAGUGUUUGGAGAACGGAGUGAAAUAGAGUCAGGUAUUAUCCCCAGGUGUGUCCAGUCUCUCCCUCUCACCCCCCCCUGAUUCCUGCAGCAUGGGUGUGCCACAGAAGGCUAUCACUUAAAAAUCCUCCACUCCCCAUGAAAGCCAAUUUUGUUAGACAGAAGAGUCUACGAGUGCCCAAGCUUUCUUAUGAGGAGUGUUCACAAAAGUGAAGGUGGCCACAAUCCACUUGCAAACAGUUAUGACAUGGGCCCCACAGUCGGAGAAACAGUUUUGGUUCAGUGCACUCUAACUUAUGUCAGCUAAAAGUGCACAUUCUGCCACAGCAAAGUACUCUGCUUUUACUAAUGAGCUUUCUCAAUCCAAAGAUAUGUGAAACAUUUUAAUUUAUUACAAUUUUUUUUAAAUAUUAAAUGUAUAUUUCAACAUAAGUGAAGCUAUGUGGACACAACAUACUUUUAUCAUUCCAAAGUCCUGCUCAUGUUCCUUCUCUUGCUAUGACUGUAAGGUUCUUCUCUGUGUUCCAGUAUUAUUCUGAAGCCAUGGAACAAGAUUACUGUGUAUUGAAUAAUGUAUUUGUGAGGCUGGGCAUGAAGCAUUAUUUCCUUAAAGAUCUGAGGGAACAGUUGCUAUGGGUUGGAAAUGUAUGUCUGUUUUGGGGUGGGUGGCUGGUGGGUGUGUUUGUUCUUAACACAAAGACACAACAAUAAAGCAUUAUAAUAAUAAAUACUUUUUUUUUUUAAAAAAUCAGUCUAGGAAGGCCUUUUGUCCCAUGUGUACUUUGGGCGAAAGUAGAAGAGUUAGUCAAUAAUAUGACGAAAAGCAUGGGCUGGAAUAUGUGUAACUGAUGUCUGUCAAUGUUCAGUGUGCACAGUGAGUGUAGUGUUUUUUCUAAAGGAUCAUACUGUUGACUUUGCUGAGGUUUUCUGUAUCAACAAGCAUCUAGAAAAAAGCAAUGGGGGAUAUAAUGUAUUUGAAACAGAUUCCAGUAGAGGUCAUGGCCCUUUGCAGUCUUCUGGUUUAGUGUCAUCCUUCAGCAGGACAACCUGGAGAUUGCUGUGGCAUUAAUGAUGAUUCCUCAUGGAACUCCUAAUGCACUCACACCCCACCACUUCCAUGAGGUUCUUGUAGCAGAACAGACCUCCCGCUUUACAUUUGAUUAACAGCAUUCCUGCUCUUAAUAAUGUAAAGCCAUUGUAAUAUGAUCCAGAGUUUAAGAGACAGACCACAUUAAGUAACAAGAUCUCCAGCAAUCUAGAUGCUCUUGCAGACCAAGUGAAUUCUGUGGGUGAGCUCUCUAUUACAACCUUACUGAUGACACCUUAGUAAUAGCAGACAUUCUCCAAGGAAUCUGAAAAACAUUCCUGCCAGUUUUUCCUUUGGUUUCUUUGUAACUCUUUCUAUAAAUGUUUUCAGAUCAUUUUCCCCAAGGCAAAAUGUAUCAGCCAGCUCAUAUUUCAGGUGAAGUCACUCAAUGUUCUGCUAAUGUUCUAUAAAAUGUUUGUGUUUAGAAUUUUGAAGUCUGCAAGAACUGUUACCCUAAGGUUUAUGCUUAGUUCCCAUAUAAAAAGUAUACCUGGAGAAUGCUGAGAAUCCUGAGGGGAUGUUUUGUAUAACACAAGUUUCUGCACAACACAGCAUUUACAACCUCAAAUGGCAUGUUUAGAUAUAUUUCUGCUUUUGGCCUUCAGAGCUAUUUCAUACCAUUUUAACUUUUUUUCAUGUCUUCUGCACCAAAGAAGAAAAUUGGCUCUCCUAAAUGUCAUUUCAUAGUCGAUGAUAAAUAACGUUUAGUAAAUGUUAUUGUACCAUUUUAGAUUGCGGCCAAUGUACUUUCAGUUUUCAAAAUCCCACAAUGUCUACAACCACUUGUCCUGAUUGGGGUCAUGUGGGGUUAGACUGCUAGAGCCUAACCUGGCAGCACAGGGCACAAGGCUAAAGGGGGAGGGGACACACCCCAGAUGG